CCCUUUGCUUUUAUAUUUUUGCAAAACGAAACGCGGAAGUACCCGUUUUAUCCCUCAAGUAUUCCCGUAGAACUGGGGUCUGCUACAUGUACAAAUAAGAAAACAAGAUCUCUCAAGGCGUAAUCCAUGCUUUCAGAUGAGCUUGACUCCAAACCCGAGCUGCUGGUUCAGUUUGUCCAGAACGCGUCUAUCCCUCUGGGGCAGGGUCUGGAGGACUCUGAGCCCAAACACACCUGCCUUCCCCUGCUGGCCCCUGCAGACAGCUCCCUGUGCACACAGCUGGCCCUGACAGAGGGUGGUCUCAGCCAUGCGUCAGCGAGGUCUCUGUCCCUGUCGGAGUUUGGGGGAGCAGAUCGGAGCCCCAUGGUGGUGCACCCAAACCCCCAUCCCCGCAGCCCUCACACCCCCUCCAGCCCACCUCCUGUCCUCCAUGACCUGCAGCGGUCAGAGAGUAGCUCCUAUGUCCUCCUCAACCUCGCCAAAGGCCUAGCAGCCUCCUCUGAGCCCCUAAUCUUUUCAGCAGACGGGACAGAGGAGGAGGAAGAGGAGGUGAUCUCAUCCGGGGACUGUUGUGUGGAUGGCACUGCCCCCUGGUACCUGCGGGUACAGGAGUUGGCGCACGACAGCCUCAUCGCAGCAACGCGGGCACAGCUGGCUAAAGAUGCCAAGGCUAGCCAGGACGCAAGGGCUGGGAAUGGCAGCAACAGUGACCGCCUGCCCAGCUUCCCGUCGGAGGGGGCAAAGAGAGAGCAGCCGGCGAGGACCAAUCGUACGAUGUCGUCUAAACAGAUCCUCCGCUGCUCCUUUGAGGGCUGCUACAGAACCUUCACCUGGCCUGCUCACCUCAAAUACCACCUCAAAACACACAGGUACACACUCACACUCACACACACACACACUCAAAUAUCACCUCAAAUGUUCAUGUGUGUGUAUGUCAGGAACGACCGUACGUUCCAGUGUGGGGCGGAGGGCUGUGGGAAGAGUUUCUACGUACUGCAGCGUCUGCAAGUCCACAUGAGAACUCACAACGGAGACAAGCCCUUCAUCUGCAAGGAGAAGAACUGUGGCAAGAAGUUCACUACCGCAGGAAACCUCAAGAACCACAAACGCACACACACAGGUGAGAAGCCUUUCUUGUGUGAAGCAGAUGGCUGUGGCCGUUCCUUUGCAGAGUACUCCAGUCUACGCAAACACAUGCUCGUACACUCAGGAGAGAAGCCCCACCAGUGUGGGGUUUGUGGAAAGACGUUCUCUCAGAGCGGCAGCAGGAACGUCCACAUGAGGAAGAGACAUGGAGAGGAGGUGCUGGGGAACGAGGGCAGAGAAACGGGCGAGGCUCUGACACACAGCAGUUUGCUGGAGGCUGACGGGUCACCUGGCGACAACAUGGUCACCAUGACUACGGGGGUGGAGCCCAUGAACCUACACCAUGCCAUGCUGCGAGAACAAGGCUCGGCAGACUCCGUGGUCGUUCUCUCUCAACCCCAUGACCUGGUCACCAUGACAACGGCAAGCCACACGUAUGCAGAGGAUGUGGUGGCUUUGCUGUAGUCAAGGCUUUUCUGCAAAUCUCAGUUCUCACUUCAGGAAAGGCAUUUGAGGCAGAACCCUCUACAUGGAUGCAUCUUUCACUGUGGCUGCGUUUAGACAGGCAGCCCAAUUCUGAGCUUUUUUUUCACUCUUUGGUCUUUUGACCAAUCAGAUAAGAUCUGAUGUGAUUGGUCAAAAGGCCAAUUAGUGGAAAAAAUAUCCAUAUUGGGCUACCUGUCUAAACGUGGCCUUUUAGCCCUGUAGAUAUAUAUAAUUAACUGCUGAGGGUUUUAUGAGAAGACAGUGUCAAAUGUUCUAGAACUUGUACAGACAGACUUUUUCUGUAGUUUAUACACAUAAGGAAUUAUCAGGUGACUUUCCAAAGAAAUAAAGACAGGUAUACAAAUAAUGUUUUAUUAAUUAACAGAAGGUACAUGAAAAAUGUAUAGCUACCUGUAUUUGUCAUUGUUAAACAACAUACUAAAUCAAUUGUGUAACCUUGCCUGGGUGCAGAUAAGGCUAAAAUGCAGUGCACUUUCUUUUGUAAAUAUUAAGGCUGAUGCUUUUAGCUUCACAAAUUAAUCAAGGGCUCGAUUCAAUUCGUAUCGUUGAAGUUCAGCACUAAAGCGCGAUUGAAAUUUAAGGCAAUGUUCCCACGUUGAGACUGUGUUCACGGUAAACGCUGCAUAUGUCAGUCCAAUCAUUAACAAAAAGGAAACUGAAAACAGUUUCAAACUCACAAGCUGCUAUUGGAACGAAGGUACAGUUAGUAGUUAAUGCACAGCUGCAUGUAGCACAAUGGAACACAAUAUUUUUGCCAAGCACAUUCUACACACACAUACAGUGGGGGGGGGGGGAAGUAUUUAGUCAGCCACCAAUUGUGCAAGUUCUCCC